CUCAUUUCGCAUGCAGUCUGACGUUCCGGUCUUGAAGUCUCGCUAAGAUCUCACUUUGCAAUUGACCAGCAAGAACAACAACAACGAUCAUGCUCGCCAACAUGAACGUGCCCACCGAGCUCAAGUGCAAGUACGCCUACAAGGCGUGCAACAACGUCCGGUCGCUCAAGAAGGACGGCGACCACCACACGCUCUGCGACUACCACCGCAACAAGGCCAACUCGAUCCAGCGCACGUAUGCGACCAAGCGCCGCCAGGAAAAGCGCGAGCAGCGCAAGCAAGCUGCGCUCCGCAAGCUCCAAACGACGACGAAUUCGACGACGCCCGCGUUGCCGAUGACGACGUCGCUCCUCAACUUGCUCGACACCGCGGCCUUUGACGCGUACCUGGUUGAGGACGACGACCUCCUCUUCAUGGAGCCGGUCGACGACGCGUCUUCGGUGCUCUCGCAAGAAGAGUACGAGUUCCUCGCCGAUAUCUUUUGAACGACGAGUCCUCGUCCAGCUUGAGCUGCUGCGGUCACUUGGACGUCUCUAUCUCCUGGACACCGCCACACACAAUGUGCUCAUAGCCGUUGUAUUCAGUGUCUGUACACCUUAUUUAGUUGCCAAUAAUAAUCAUAGUCGUUUGUAGUCCUCUCA